AUGUUUGACUGGGAUCUUUCUCUCCUCCCAUCCAGUGUUGCCAGCGGGUACCUCUAUGUCACCAUCGUGUACAAUAUCUCGGUUAGCCUCGCCCUCUACGCUCUCUUCCUGUUCUACUUUGCCACGCGGGAACUCCUCAGUCCCUACAGUCCAGUGCUCAAAUUCUUCAUGGUGAAGUCUGUCAUCUUCCUGUCCUUCUGGCAAGGGAUGCUGCUGGCCAUUCUGGAGAAGUGUGGAGCUAUUCCCAAAAUCGACUCGCCAGAGUUCUACGUGGGUGAAGGGACCGUCGCUGCGGGAUACCAGAACUUCAUCAUUUGCAUUGAGAUGUUCUUUGCAGCCAUUGCACUGCGCUAUGCUUUCACAUACAAAGUUUAUGCAGACAAGCGAAUUGACUCGCAAGGUCGCUGUGCACCCAUGAAGAGCAUCUCCAGCAGCCUGAAGGAAACCAUGAACCCACACGACAUCGUCCAGGAUGCCAUCCACAACUUCUCGCCGGCCUACCAGCAGUAUACACAACAGUCGACACUGGAGCAUGGCACGCCCUGGCGUAACGGGCACGCUGCCUCACGGACCCACAAUGCCGCCAGUAUUCGCGACACAGAGAAGACACUCCUGCUGAGCUCAGAUGAUGAGUUCUGAGCUGGU